AUGAAGAUAGAAUUUAAUAAAGUCUCCUAUAAAAAAAUACUUUCACAUUCAAUGAAGUACCCACUUAGUUUUAUUGACGGAGUGCUAAUAGGUUAUUUAAGUGGGCAAAACAAUUUAAUUAUUGUUGACUCAUUUCCACUUACUCACGGACCAAAGCUCCCACUUAUUAUUACACUCGGCAUACAAUAUGCUCAAGGAUAUUGCAACAUAUUAAAUCAAUUGAAUACAUCUGACAAAUUUGAGAUCAUUGGGUUCUAUUCAGGUAAUUGUGAAGAAAAAUAUCUUGAUUCUGGAGCGUCAAAAGCAUAUUUUGACCUCAUUUCUGAAAGAUUACUAGAAAACAACCAGAAUUCUAUAUUUGUCACACUUUCUGGUCAAAAAUUACUAACUGGGGAAGGUCUAAACGUGUAUUUGCUGAAAAAUAAGCAAUUACUGUCACACACGCUCAUCGAAAACUCGGUGGGACCUGAAAUAAAAAAACUAACAAGAGACUUAGAGCACUACAGUAUUAAUGACUUCGAAGAUCAUUUGUACAAUUUAAAAGCUAAACCCAUAAAUAAUCCAUUACUGAUAGAAAAAUAG